AUGCCCCAAUGCUGGGACGCCCGAGGUCUAGAAUACACAAUCUGCCGGGACUUCAAAGACAACGAUGAAAGCGAUUUUGUCUUGCUCAGCCGCGGCACAUUCAGAUGGGCCUACCCUUGUCUCAAGGCUCAAGUGGCUGACGUGAGUCCCGUCUUCCGCGAGAUGUUUGCCAACGAUAGCCUCAAAGACGGCGAGCUGCACCUGGGCGUAGACGCCCUCAUGACCGAACUUUUCCUCAACCACAUCCUCCCUAAACAGUAUCCUUCCCGUUUCGUCAACACCGACUGGAACUCAAUCCUGCCCGUCUGCAACCUCCUCCGUCAGUACGAAUGCACCUCUCUGGCCGAUCAAUACCUAUACCAGUCGAGCCUGUACGAUCCGAAACAGCACCGCUUUGCGGCCUUCGUCCUCGCGUGCCAGGCCGACCACCUCCAAGCGGCGUGCAGACUCCUCAAGCGGGCGGGGCCCAGUGAGACGUCGGGAAGCGGGAAAGGCGCAUCCCUCCGCCCGGCGUCGCAGAGCUGGACGGCCAAGGAUGUGGACGGUCUGUCUACGGCGUGGCUAUGGGCGUUGACAUGUGCGGUGCAGUGGGCGGAUAAGCUGUUCAAGUUGGAUGAAGAUGGGAACAGGACGGGGGAUGCGUACUGGACGGCGGUGGUCGGAGAUUUUAUGAGCAGGAUGACCUCUUACUUCAGCAAUACAUCAUCGUCAUGGCGGGAUUAA